GGGCGGGGCCGUGCCGGAGCCGGGCGCCGGCGACCGAGGGAGCUGCAGCCACCCGCGUGCGGCACGCGCCGGCCGCCUGCCCCUAUCGCGGCCACCAGUGCCGCGGCCUCUCGACUCCCGCCCCGCCGAGCCGCGCGCGCGACUGCCAUCCUCCUCAAUUGCUUUUUACGAUUUUUUGUGCAUGCAUUCAUUUUCUGUUCCGUUUUGUCCUUUUUAAGGCGGUGGCGGCGGCGACACCGGCGUAAGCUCGCAGCGGGGAGGGGGCGGCCGGAGGAUGCGGCGCGGGGCUGCGCUCGCUACGCCCGCUGCUGCUGCCCGGCUCGGGCCUGAGCGCCGAGCAGGAUCCCAAGUGAUGGUGGUUUCCUCGGAGGGCAAGCUGAGCCCUGCGCGACUGGUUAGCACGGUGGAGCUGGUAGCCACGCCUGCUGGCUGGCGUGCGUGAACGGGUGUGAACCGCAGGAUCUCAGCACCUUGACCCAAGAGGAAGCAUGUCGAAGAAAGGCCGGAGCAAGGGCGAGAAGCCCGAGAUGGAGACGGACGCGGUGCAGAUGGCCAACGAGGAGCUGCGGGCCAAGCUGACCAGCAUUCAGAUCGAGUUCCAGCAGGAAAAGAGCAAGGUGGGCAAACUGCGCGAGCGGCUGCAGGAGGCGAAGCUGGAGCGCGAGCAGGAGCAGCGACGGCACACGGCCUACAUUUCGGAGCUCAAGGCCAAGCUGCAUGAAGAGAAGACCAAGGAGCUGCAGGCGCUGCGCGAGGGGCUCAUCCGGCAGCACGAGCAGGAGGCGGCGCGCACGGCCAAGAUCAAGGAGGGCGAGCUGCAGCGGCUGCAGGCCACACUGAACGUGCUGCGCGAUGGCGCGGCCGACAAGGUCAAGACGGCGCUGCUGACUGAGGCGCGCGAGGAGGCGCGCAGGGCCUUCGACGGAGAGCGCCUGCGGCUGCAGCAGGAGAUCCUGGAGCUCAAGGCAGCGCGCAAGCAGGCAGAGGAGGCGCUCAGUAACUGCAUGCAGGCCGACAAGACCAAGGCAGCCGACCUGCGCGCCGCUUACCAGGCGCACCAAGACGAGGUGCACCGCAUCAAGCGCGAGUGUGAGCGCGACAUCCGCAGGCUGAUGGAUGAGAUCAAAGGGAAAGACCGUGUGAUUCUGGCCUUGGAGAAGGAACUUGGCGUGCAGGCUGGGCAGACCCAGAAGCUGCUCCUGCAGAAGGAGGCUUUGGAUGAGCAGCUGGUUCAGGUCAAGGAGGCCGAGCGGCACCACAGUAGCCCGAAGAGAGAGCUCCCGCCAGGGAUUGGGGACAUGGUGGAGCUCAUGGGCGUCCAGGAUCAACAUAUGGACGAGCGAGAUGUGAGGCGAUUUCAACUAAAAAUUGCUGAACUGAAUUCAGUGAUACGGAAGCUGGAAGACAGAAAUACGCUGUUGGCAGAUGAGAGGAAUGAACUGCUGAAACGCUCGCGAGAGACCGAGGUUCAGCUGAAGCCCCUGGUGGAGAAAAACAAGAGGAUGAACAAGAAAAAUGAGGAUUUGUUGCAGAGUAUCCAGAGGAUGGAGGAGAAAAUCAAGAACCUCACGCGGGAAAACGUGGAAAUGAAAGAAAAGCUGUCAGCGCAGGCCUCUCUGAAGCGGCACACCUCCCUGAAUGACCUCAGCCUGACGAGGGAUGAGCAGGAGAUCGAGUUCCUGAGGCUGCAGGUGCUGGAGCAGCAGCACGUCAUUGACGACCUCUCACUGGAGAGAGAACGGCUGUUGCGCUCCAAAAGGCAUCGAGGGAAAAGUCUGAAACCGCCCAAGAAGCAUGUUGUGGAGACAUUUUUUGGAUUUGAUGAGGAGUCUGUGGACUCAGAAACAUUGUCCGAAACAUCCUACAACACAGACAGGACGGACAGGACUCCAGCCACGCCUGAAGAAGACUUGGACGAUACCACAGCCCGCGAGGAGGCUGACCUGCGCUUCUGCCAGCUGACCCGGGAGUACCAGGCCCUGCAACGUGCCUAUGCCCUGCUCCAGGAGCAGGUGGGGGGCACCCUGGAUGCUGAGAGGGAGGCCCGGACUCGGGAGCAGCUACAAGCUGAUCUGCUGAGGUGUCAGGCCAAAAUUGAAGAUUUGGAGAAGUUACUGGUUGAGAAGGGACAGGAUUCCAAGUGGGUUGAAGAGAAGCAGCUGCUCAUCAGAACAAACCAAGACUUGCUGGAAAAGAUUUACAGACUGGAAAUGGAAGAGAACCAGCUGAAGAACGAAAUGCAAGACGCCAAGGAUCAGAACGAGCUGUUAGAAUUCAGAGUGCUAGAACUCGAAGAGAGAGAGAGGAGGUCGCCAGCAUUUAACCUCCAAAUCACCACCUUCCCUGAGAACAACAGCAGCGCUCUCCAGCUGUUCUGUCACCAGGAAGGAGUUAAGGAUGUGAAUGUUUCUGAACUUAUGAAGAAAUUAGAUAUCCUUGGCGAUAACGGGAAUUUGAGAAAUGAAGAACAGGUUGCAAUAAUCCAAGCUGGAACUGUGCUUGCCCUGUGUGAAAAGUGGCUGAAGCAAAUAGAGGGGACCGAGGCUGCCCUGACCCAGAAGAUGCUGGACCUGGAGAAGGAGAAGGACCUGUUCAGCAGGCAGAAGGGCUAUCUGGAAGAGGAGCUCGACUACCGGAAGCAAGCCCUUGACCAGGCUUACCUGAAAAUCCAAGACCUGGAGGCCACACUGUACACAGCGCUGCAGCAGGAGCCGGGGCGGAGGGCCGGUGAGGCGCUGAGCGAGGGCCAGCGGGAGGACCUGCAGGCUGCUGUGGAAAAGGUGCGCAGGCAGAUCCUCAGGCAGAGCCGCGAGUUCGACAGCCAGAUCCUGCGGGAGCGCAUGGAGCUGCUGCAGCAGGCCCAGCAGAGAAUCCGAGAACUGGAGGACAAACUGGAGUUUCAGAAGCGGCACCUGAAAGAACUGGAGGAAAAGUUUUUGUUCCUUUUUUUGUUUUUCUCACUAGCAUUCAUUCUGUGGCCUUGAUGACUUCAGUGAGCCAAGACCUCGGGAUAGAAAAAGAGUUUAUGGAAUACACUGAGUCCCUACGGCAACCCCAACCCCACUCAAACCAAAUUCAACAGCGAAACAAGCUAUUCAAAGUCCAGAGACUGCAAACAGAAUUUAUGUAUAUUUGACAAUAGCUUUAAGGGGAAGCCUUUGGACGCAUGGCUGGGUCCUGGCCAGCCCAAGCCGUAAGGACUCUGCAGGGACGAUGGGGAUUUUGUCAAACUUGGAGCCACAUCCAUGUCCCAGCUCUGGCACCUUGAAGGCCCAAGGGGGCAGAGACCUGAAUGCCAGGAAACUAAGUGCAAUUACCAGAAACCAAGGGAUCGGCAGCCACUGCACUGUCUGGGGACAGGCCCGAGUCCUCAUCCCCACGCUAGAUGCCUCCCCAGGCCACAGUGUGCGUGUCCAGCUGGACCCGGGUGGGUGCCGUCUCUGCCCUGUGUACAUAAAUCUCCACGAACCGUGGUGUGUUCGUCCCAGAGUUUGUCUGCCGGAGCGACUUGCAAGUGUCCUUGUAAUGUGAAUCCCAGUUCAAGUUCUGCUCAGCAAAACCUCUGAAUCUGUUCACAGCUGGAUUCAGCAGCUGGCAGCCAGAGAGACAGGGCAGGACUCUGAUGAGGGGCUGGAGCCUUGCCCAUCAUGGAGGAGCUGACCCCAGGGACCUCAGAUUUCCGAGGGGAGGCCGAAGGCUCUGUCACUCUUGUGGGUGUGACACGGCAAAAGUCUCAGAGCAUGACUGUCCCUGCGACCAGGUGGACUGAGGACUGAUAGAGCAGACGUGACCACCAACCAGGCCACACUCGGGCCUGUGUUGCAUCUCGGUGGUAAUUUGCAAGGGGCUGCCAAGGAGGAGACGCUGGAGCACCUGCAGGAACUAGGUUAUUUCCACAGCGGCCCCGAGACCAGGUCCUGCUGUCACCACUGUGGGGAGGAAGUGAGCUCUUCCUGCCUUGGGAGGCCACCCCUGGAUAGAGCCAGAAGAGCUGUCAGGGUGUUGGAGGCCUCCCUGGAGAGCGGAUGGAGUGGGGCAGCUACAGAGAGUCAGACACCAGCUGAGGAUGGUCAGCCCAGGAGGCAAUUCCCCAAGUUCCUUUCCGAUGUUGUUCCUGUUGUUAUUCUAGGCUGGGUGGGGGCAUCUCCAGAAGAAGCCACCUGCUCACAGGAUGCUUCUCCCAAACUUCUGCACGGGAAGACGUUUGGAAUUAGAAUAGAUGAAGUGAAACAGAAGACUGAAUGUGAUGAGGAGGCUGGCUGUGUCUGCAUGGGAAAAGCCGGCUGAAGGCCAGGCCGGGUCAUCCUCAGCUGGUUGCAGGUGGACAGGCUCAGGCCCUGCUCAUCAGGUGGAAGGAACAGGUCUGUGGUCUCUGGUGAGAAGGACCUUUGGACAAAAGGGAAAUGACUGAAAUUUAGGCAGUUGAGGGAACUCAUGGGGUGAGGGCGACAGAAGAGCUAGAAGUUCUCAGAAGUUCUCAGAAGUUCUCAGAUCCACGGAUGGAGAAGGACACAGUGCCCUGCACAGAAAGGGCCCUGCCAGCCGGGGAGGGCUGCUCACACCACAUCCCAGGAUCCAUCUCUAAGCAGAAAUGCGCCAGGAUGGCCCAGCAUUACUCAUUCUCUUUUGAAAUCAAAACCGCAAAGCACCCACUA